ACUGAAAAUGCUAGUCCAAAUUUCUGUUAUAUGUCAGCAUUAUAAUCUUCUAAACAAAGCAAAAGACUUGAUUGUUGAUUGUUGGAAACCCUAAUUCGCCUCAAAUCCGCCAUAAUUUCCCGAUCAAUUUCAUCUCCGCCCCCAAAUUCAAAAGGCUACUGUUACUGCAAAUUUCCGAGCGUUUCGAUGAUUCAAAAUUUGGGGCUUUCACCUGACUAGUUGCUUGGAUAAAUGGGGGCUCUAACCAGCAACAGGAAGGGAGCAGGCGAUUACUUCAAAAGCAUUUCAUCUCCGGCCCCGUUUGACAAAUCGUGCGGCCACAUUUCCAAAAAACCCAAGCUUUCAGCUUGCAUGAGUCCAACUACGCCGCCGUCAGUGGGGAAUUCGGUUGCUGCUAGAAUUGCUAAGUAUCCGGAGAGGAAAUUGGGGUUUCCGAGAACAGUUCACGCCCCGGUUAGUCAUAGAUUAGCUGCUGGUUCUAGGGAUUCCCCAGCUGAUAAAAUGGGGAGAUUUGGUUUUUUCUAUCGGAACUACGAAAAAAUUAAGGAAUCAGCGUUGAGAUCGUUGAGGUACGUGGGUUCGGGGAAGCAGAAGGAGGAGGAGGUGAUUAGGAUUGAUAGCAGCGAUGAACUGGAUUGUGAUCCUGCCUCGAAAGAUUCUAGCAUAGGAAAGGUGGAGAUUGUGGAUUCCCAAAGGAGAAGGUGGAAGGGGGGAGAAGGGGCUGUGGAGAAAGAAGUGAGGUCUUUAGAUUCUUAUGUGAUCACAGAUGCAGUUGCAAAGGUUGAUGAUACGGAGAAGAAUGGGUUGUCGUUGAUGGACUCUGCGGCUGGUGAUUCGGAGCAGCCAUUUUAUAAGAAAUUGCACAAUCAGGCAAACAAAAGGGAUUCUGGGCUCAUCAACAUUAGUUUACGUAUAGAUUCACACGAAAAGCAGAUUCAAGGGCUGCGGUUGUUGCGGACUGCAAAGAAAGAAGAGCCUAUUGAGAAGUAUGUGGCAGAGGAGUGCUUCGUGCCUCUUACACGUGAGGAAAGGGCUAUGGUUUCUCGCGCUUUGUCUAAUUCCCACAGGAAAAAGGUUUUGGUCUCUCAUGCGAAUUCUGGAAUUGAUAUUUCUGGAGAAAUAUUACAGUGUUUGGGGCCCCGAGCAUGGCUUAAUGAUGAGGUUAUUAAUGUGUAUUUUGAGUUGUUGAAAGAAAGGGAAAAGAGGGAACCAGAGAAGUUUCUCAAGUGCCAUUUCUUUAAUACGUUCUUUUACAAGAAGCUUAUGAGCAGUCGUGGUGGCUACAAUUUUCAAUCAGUUCGGAGAUGGACUACACAGAAAAAGCUCGGAUAUAGUCUUUUAGAGUGUGACAAAAUUUUUGUGCCUAUCCACCAAGAAAUCCAUUGGUGUUUGGCAGUUAUCAACAAAAAGGAUAAAAAGUUUCAGUAUCUUGAUCCACUCGGAGAUCGUGACAGUCAAGUUCUGAAUGCACUGUGUUUUGCUAUGGCAUGACUCUUUGGAAGUUCUUAAUGUAGGCCAAGUAUUUUGAGGAUGAGGUGAAGGACAAGUGUGGAAAGAAUAUCAACCUUAACUCAUGGGAGAAAGAAUUUGUCACAGA